AAGCCGGUAGGUACCAUCAGAGCCAGACUCAUUGCCAUUCCCGAGAAAGCUUGGUCAACUAGGCGCCGCAAGGACAAGGACUUUUUGGCUCUCGCCCUCGGUUCCGAGAACAUGCUUGCUGAAAGCGAAUGGUCAACAAAUCAAGCACGUCUCGUGCGACGAGGAGAUUCGUAAACGGCAGCCACUACAAAAAGCAACCAACACGUCUCUACGUACGAACCUCCUCAUUUGUCCUUCCCGACCGUCCGCUGUUCGAUCUCCAAUGGCUUCCCUUACUCUCGACGCCAUCAAUACCAAGGUUUUGAAAUGUGAAUAUGCUGUCCGUGGGGAAAUCGUCACUCUAGCCCAGCAAUUGCAGCAAGACUUACAAGCAAAUCCAGGUUCUCAUCCAUUUGAUGAGAUACUUUACUGCAAUAUUGGAAAUCCCCAAUCUCUUGGUCAGCAACCAAUUACAUUUUUUAGAGAGGUUCUUGCAUUGUGCGACCAUCCAUCCAUUUUGGCCAGAAGUGAAACUGAAGGGCUAUUUAGUUUGAAUUGUGCAUUUUCCUAUGAAACAAAAGACGAGUAUGGACCUGCAGAGUUUGUCUUUGAGUCGAUAGGCUGGAGCACUUCAUUUUCUUCUUGCAUUGAUGCAAUAAAGAGAGCUCAACAGAUCUUAGAUCAAAUACCUGGGAAAGCAACUGGUGCUUACAGUCACAGCCAGGGAAUCAAGGGAUUACGAGAUACAAUUGCUGCUGGCAUUGAAGCCCGAGAUAAAUUUCCAGCUGACCCUAAUGAUAUUUUCUUGACAGAUGGUGCAAGUCCAGCGGUCCAUAUGAUGAUGCAGUUACUGAUAGGCUCAGAGAAGGAUGGAAUUAUGUGCCCAAUUCCUCAGUACCCUUUGUACUCUGCUUCAAUUGCCCUCCAUGGUGGCACUCUUGUUCCUUACUAUCUAGAUGAAGCAACAGGCUGGGGAUUGGAGAUUUCUGAGCUCAGGAAGCAAUUGCAAGCUGCCAAGUCCUGGGGCAUCAAUGUCCGGGCCUUGGUUGUAAUAAAUCCAGGCAAUCCGACAGGCCAGGUUCUUGCAGAGGGCAACCAGCGGGAAAUUGUAGAUUUUUGUAAGGAGGAAGGUCUUGUUCUUCUGGCAGAUGAAGUCUACCAGGAAAAUGUUUAUGUUGCGGAUAAGAAAUUUCACUCAUUUAAGAAAAUUUCCCGAUCUAUGGGGUAUGGUGAAGAGGAUAUCUCAAUAGUAUCAUUUCAGUCAGUCUCUAAAGGGUAUCAUGGGGAGUGUGGGAAACGAGGAGGUUACAUGGAGGUCACUGGCUUUCGUCCUGAGAUCAGGGAACAAAUUUACAAAGUAGCAUCUGUGAAUCUCUGUUCAAAUAUCUCUGGUCAAAUUCUUGCAAGCCUGGUCAUGUGCCCUCCCAAGGUCGGAGAUGACUCCUACGGGUCUUAUUCAGCUGAGAAAGAUGCUAUCCUUUCGUCUUUAGCAAGACGUGCGAAGACGUUAGAAGAUGCUUUGAAUAGUUUGGAGGGCGUAAAAUGUAACAAAACAGAAGGAGCAAUGUAUCUGUUUCCCCGUAUCCAUCUGCCCCAGAAAGCAAUAAAGGCAGCAGAAGCUGCAAAAACAGCUCCAGACGCAUUCUAUUGCCGCCUUCUACUUAAUGCCACUGGAAUAGUAGUUGUCCCAGGAUCCGGGUUUGGGCAGGUUACUGGGACGUGGCAUUUCAGGUGUACAAUACUGCCGCAAGAAGAGAAGAUUCCGGCCAUCGUGUCGCGUCUGACGGACUUUCAUAAAGGCUUCAUGGAUCAAUAUCGUGAUUGAUUUGGUGAUCAUCAUAUAAUAAUACCAGUUAUGGUCUCAGUUUUAACAGUGUAGGUCUUAGUUUCGGAUUUUGCCUAAAGAGGCCUCCCUCCCUUUGUUUGGGUAGAAUCUUAAUAAUGUUCAUGUUAUAACAAGGAUAAUAGUGAUUGGGGGAAUAAGUAGCGAGGUGUUAAAUUUUGAAUGUUAAAAAAAUCUAACUAAACCUAGAUGAGUUUAGAGAUCUCAUGGGUUUUCUAAACGUUAUUCUAACGACAACGAUUAGGUUAUGGUAAUUAUUUUUUGUUAGGUUUUGCAACUUGCAUUUUGCCCCAAUAAGUAAACAAGAGGCAGAAAAAUUAUUCUU